GUAGACGACCGUCACAUAGCCUACUCUUGGUUGCGCUCAUUUCUUAAUCAUAUAGCCUACUAUAGCGCACAUAAUAACGAAACAAUUAUGUGCCACAGCUCACACUAUCCUUCCUGUCUUGUCAGAUGACUCUUCCUGCUAAGCAAGAUUCAGGGAGUGGUUCCCAGCAUUGGUUUCCAGCGUAAUAUCCUCUAUCGCCAUAGUAAAAGCGGUUUGUUGUAACGCGCAUCUUGGAAACUUCUGUGGCCAUAGACUACGGAUAUGUGGCGCAUCAUCCAUGGGGAGAAGCUGACCACUGUAGUGAACUGACUGAAACAAAACAAUGACCUCAAAAGCCAAACCCAAACAUCACACAGAUGGUGUGAAACCCUCAAAAGAACCCCCCAGCUUGCCUGUGUCUCUGUGUCGACUUCACCUUAUUAAUCCAGAAAGCUAAAAGACCACCGCAAGAUGUAUCGUAAUUUCCGCAUCCAGCACUUGCAUUUCAUGCAGGUGCUCUCCACCUGUCUCCUCCUGUCAGGGGUCAUGGUGUACUGGGACACCCUGAACAACGCUGUGACGGCCUCCUACUUCUUCUUCGGCCCCAGUUUCAGAAACGACAGCUUUGUCGUCAGCCCAGAGGAAGCGCGCAAAUUCAGCGACCACCGAUAUUUGAUCAACCACGUGGACAAGUGCCUCAAGUCCGAGGACGUCUUCCUCCUCCUCUUCGUCAAGAGCAGCCCCAAGAAUUUCCAACGUCGUGAAGGGAUACGGGCCACCUGGGGCAACGAGAGCUACAUCAAGAGGGAGCUGGGGGUGUCUGUGAAGGUGCUGUUUGUUUUGGGGGUGCAGGAUCCCGGGCACGACCCCAAGAUGCUGGUCCAGCAGCAGCUGAAGCAGGAGGACCAGAGACACCACGACUUGAUCCAGCAGGACUUUGUCGAUUCUUUCUAUAACCUCACGGUCAAGCUGCUCCUCCAGUUCAACUGGAUGCACGACCACUGCAGCCAGGCUCGGUUCGUGAUCUCCUCCGACGAUGACAUGUUCAUCCACAUGCCCAAUCUCGUCCGCUACCUGCAGGAGGCUGGCCAACAGGCGGAUGGCGCUCGGGAACUGUGGGUGGGCAGGGUGUUCAGAAACUCAGGCCCGGUUCGCUGGAAGACCAACAAGUAUUACGUGUCACCAGAGAUGUACCCCUGGUCGUCCUAUCCGCCGUACACGGGAGGGGCGGCGUACGUGCUCUCCAGAGACGUGGCUCUGCGGAUACGGGAGGCCACCCUGACGCUCAACGCCACGCUCCACAUCGACGACGUCUUCAUGGGCAUCUGCGCCAGCGUCAUCGGGGUGACCCCGAAGGCGCACAACUUCUUCUCGGGCGAGAGGAAGACGCCCUAUCACCCGUGCGUCUACAAGCGGAUGAUCACGUCCCAUGGGCAUGAGGGAGACCUGCGGGAGCUGUGGGAGAGUGCCACCAGCCCCGAGGUCCAGACGGUGGACUCCGGCUCCCUGGGACUGCUCUACUGCUCCAUGACCAGGACGAGGCUACUAUGCAACCCCUUCAACCUCAACACUUACUCUUGCAAGAUAGCAAACAUUUUUUAAGCUUUUGGGUGGUUUAUGAAAUUAUGAAAUUGCAUGGUUGUGUUUGCCAUCACCAAAGAAUGAAUAGUCCUAGACAUUUAUUUCGAACUAGAUGUGAAUUUUUGGACUUGAACUUUUGAAAUGUUUUUUUUUCACACAUGUACUGUUUUUCUGUACUGUAUUUUUCUUUUACUGUAAAUUCUGUGACUUUUUUUUCUUCCAAAGAAGUGAAUGUUGUGCACAAGUCUUGUGAUAUUUAAAUAUUUUUUUUAAGAGACUGAAGAGUUUUGACAUGUUCAUGAACAUAAAGUAUUCUAAGAUGCACCUAGAAGUCACUCCAUCAAACUUCAUUAAAAGCUAUGACUUGA